UACAAUCCCUACGUGCGUUUACAAAUGCGCGUGUGUUGACCAAAGAAGAAGACCGAAGGGCCUUGCUUUUUCCCGUAAUACGUCAUUUUAAUUUCGUACAGUUUGUGCAUUGUGCAGCAGGUUUGGGACUUUAUUUUGCUACUACUAUUUUACCAGCUUAAUGCGAUGAGCUAUAAAAAUAAAGGAAAGGAGCGGGAUCAUGAGAGCAGCAAAUCCCGCAACAGUGUGUCGGGAUUAAAUAAAGGGCGCGACAAAGAACGCGAACGCAAAAGUGAAUACGAAAGCAAGGAGCGAUAUACGGAGAAGGGUAGCUUCAGCACAAAGGAACGGCACCGCAGCCGAAGCCGGGAGCGCAGCAGCGAACGCCGAGACGGACGUCGCAGCAGCAAGGAUCGGCACGGACGGAAGCACAGCCGGACGCGUGACGACAGCCGGGAGCGGGAUCACCGCAGACGGGAGCACCGUGACCGGGAACGACGCAGCCGAAGCCGCAGCCGGGACCGGAAACAUCGCAGCAGUGGUGGGGGUGGUGUUAAUGGUAGUGGUAGUGGUAGUAGCCGGGAUGAUCGGGACCACCGUCAUCGUUCCCGUGAGCACACGGAGGACGCACGCAGAACGGUCGAGAGCAACAGCGUCCGGAUGGAUAGUCCGGAAAACUAUGAGUACAAGAGUAUGGAGUUUACGCAGAACGUUAUUUCAACGAUGUUGCUAACCGCGGCGACCGCGAGUGAUUUUGCUAAAUUACUAAACAGUUAUAACCAACAGCAGCAGAUACAGGCACAGCAGCAACAGAUCCAAACCCAGCAGGCCCUGUUCGAGCAGCACAACGAAAAUAGCUGCUCCUCGGUCGGAUCAAAAGGUGAGAAUGGAGGUGCCGGUUCACAAGCGAUAUGCAAUGGCAACAGCAGCGGCGGUGAAGGUGGUGAAUCUUCCCGCCGACGUAAGAAAAAGUCAAGAUGGGCCGGUGGUGAUCACGAUAAAACGUUCAUUCCCGGUAUGCCAACGGUACUGCCAUCAACGCUGACGCCCGAUCAGCAGGAAGCGUACUUAGUACAACUUCAAAUAGAGGAAAUAAGUCGCAAGCUUCGUACGGGUGAUCUCAUGAUACCGCAGAAUCCUGAAGAAAGGUCCCCAUCGCCCGAACCGAUUUACAGUAGCGAUGGUAAGCGGCUGAACACGCGCGAGUUCCGCACGCGCAAGAAGUUGGAGGAACAGCGCCACCAGCUGAUCCAGCGCAUGCAGUCACUGAAUCCCGACUUUAAGCCUCCUUCGGACUACAAGCCGCCUGUAAUUCGCGUCAGUGACAAAGUGUUGAUCCCGCAGGAAGAGUAUCCGGAUAUAAACUUCGUCGGUUUGCUAAUCGGUCCGCGCGGCAACACGCUGAAGGCGAUGGAGAAGGACACCGGUGCGAAGAUUAUCAUCCGCGGCAAGGGCUCGGUAAAGGAGGGUAAGGUCGGGCGUAAGGAUGGUCAGCCGCUGCCGGGUGAGGACGAACCGCUGCACGCGUUCAUCACCGCCAGCAAUCCGGAAGCGGUGAAGAAAGCGGUCGAUCGCAUCAAGGACGUAAUCCGGCAGGGCAUUGAAGUGCCGGAAGGGCACAACGAUCUGCGCCGGAUGCAGCUGCGCGAGCUGGCCCAGCUGAACGGUACGCUGCGCGAAACGGACGGACCGCGCUGCAACAACUGUGGCUCGAACGAGCACAAGAGCUGGCUGUGCCCAGAUAAGCCGAACAUCACGAACAACAUCGUCUGUUCGGCGUGCGGCGGCACCGGCCAUAUUGCGCGCGACUGUCGCAGUAAGCGCCCCGGUCACGGUGGCCCACCGACGGCCGGUGGUAGUGGUGGUGGCAGUACGGCUACAAAGAUCGAUGAAGAGUACAUGAGCCUGAUGGCGGAGUUGGGUGAAGCGCCACCGCCCCAGGAAAACAACCAUGGUUACGGUCACGGUGGCGGUAAUGGUAACGGUGGUGGGGGUGGUGGUGGUUCACGUGGUUCCUACAAUAUGUUCGAACCACGAUCGGCACCGCGCCCCCUAAUGGCCACACCGCACCAUCCACCCUCGCUGAUGGGUAACAACCAACAAACACAGAACGGCAACAAUGCCAACAGCUCGCAGGCAGGUAAUGGUGGUAGUGGUGGAGGUGGUGGUGGUGGCGGUAGUGGUAGUAAUGGUAGUGGUGCGAAUGGUCCCAAUGCCGGCAAUGGUCACCAGUGGCCUCCAAUGAUGCCGAUGCCACCGAUUCCACCAUCCUUACCCACUCCACCACCGCCUCCACCGGCCGUCCCGUCGCUGAUGCAGUGGACACCGCCGCAGCCACCGUUACCACCGACCGGGGAUACGAUGAUACCGGCACCAAAUCAUCAUUCGUACAGUGCCGGUGUUGCACCGCCCAACAUGGGCGGAUGGGGCAAGGGUACCGGAAGUUUGUUACCGUCCGGAUGGCCACCCGCACCGAAUGGAUUCGUACCACCACCACCCGGACCGGCACCGCCACCUCCACCAAUAUCUGGCAUGCCGUCACACAUUUUGGCACCGCCGCCACCACCACCACCCUCCUAAUUGCUAUCCUUUAUGGAUUGAUAAUUAAUGAUGAACCUUUUUUAUUUACCCUCCCCAACCCCAACUGAAGUAUCUUGUUCACUCCAGCUUUAUCAUGCAAUUACUGGAUAACCGUUUUUAGCUAUAAUUUAUACACACGCCGUAUCGUGCUUGUCAGGUCUCUUAAAUAGGGAGCCCAGAGGAAGUGGCGUUCCUCAGUAUAUUUUUAUAUAUUUUGAUUUUUUUACUACAAUGUUAGCAACAUAGUGCUCGGAAAGUUUAUCUGUUGCAGAAACGGUUAUUAAGCUUUUUUGUUAUUUCCACCGUAUGCACUAUUGCAUAUCUUACGGAAGACUUUAGCAAAAAACACUGUACACAAGGAACAAAAUCGUGAAAUGAAACACAUAAUAAAUCCCCAGCCAGACAACAAUAGGUCGUCUGGCGUGACGCGUGUGUGGAAAUUGGCCGCUAUGGUGUGGGGCUGCUGGCCAAGAAACAUGUACUCUGUCAACGGUAGUCGAGGCAAGUAAAGAGAAGCGACUCAUUCGAUGAAACAAAAUCGUAGCAAAAAAAAACAAAAAAUUCAGGCAUAAAGGUGUUAUCCCGCUAUUUCGUACUACAAACAUACAAUUAAUAAGGAUUUGAUUUUUUUCAUUCUUACACUUCCUAGCGAUAUAGUGGUGGUUUUGCAACCCGAUUUGUUCUCUUAGUGCAUUGCUCUGCCACGUGUCCCUCAGGUCACUCAUCUGUUCUCAGCAAUGAAGAAAUUCUAAUAAUUCCUCUAGGCACGUUAUGCAGGAUAACGGGAUUGACAGGAUAAACGCAUAAUAGGCGAACAAAUAGAAGUGAUCAGCAGGAACAGCGUGCGCGGACGCUGUUUUGUGUAAAGUUUGCCUGCACCAUUUAUUAUAUACAUACACACACACAUACUCCAUCACGCACCCACACAUACACUUUCAAAAGACAGCUAAAUAAUCGCUAACUUUUUUUCUUUUCCUCUCUUUGUGUCUAUAUAUACAUGGUUAGCAGCGCUUAAGUGAUUAUGGUUUUAAUUGUCCUUCCCAUAGCUUUCCUGCAAUGAUUAAAUAGCGCAGGGGUUGGGAAAACAGAAGAAAAGAAGAAAGCGGAAGGGGAACGGGGAGAAAACGGGAAUAAACGGAACUGGGAACGAAUCUGGUGGGUUUCGUUCUCACCGGUCGUUCAAGUCUAAUUUCGUUUGCUUACGCGCAACAAACACAUUCAUGUAUAACUAAAUGAACUACUUUCGAAUAAUAAACCAAUAUUUUAGGGCAGUCCAUUUUGCCAGGUACAGUG